AUGCGUUUUUCUACAUUCGCUACCACUGCUACAACUUUGCUUUUCACAGCAACUCAAGUCUCCGCUAUCGGUGAUCUUGCCUUCAACAUGGGGGUCAAGAAUAAUGACGGGUCUUGUAAAUCUACUGAACAAUACGAAAGUGACUUAGAAACUUUGAAAGGUUAUACCUCUACAGUCAAAGUUUACGCCGCCUCAGAUUGUAACACUUUACAAAAUUUAGCUCCUGCUGCUGAAAAUAAAGGUUUCAGUAUCUUUGUCGGUGUUUGGCCAAACGAUGAUGCCCAUUUCGAAGCUGAAGUUCAAGCUUUACAAACUUACUUACCAACCAUCAAGACUGACACCGUUGCUGGGUUCCUAGUUGGUUCUGAAGCUUUAUACCGUAACGAUAUGUCUCCAGACCAAUUAGCUGAAAAGAUUAACUCAGUCCGUGACACCAUAUCCAAAAUCUCCGAUUCCCAAGGUAACUCGUACUCUGGUAAGCAAGUCGGUACCGUCGAUUCAUGGAACGUUCUUGUUGCAGGUUACAACUCUGCAGUCAUCACCGCUAGUGAUUUCGUCAUGGCUAACGCCUUCUCGUACUGGCAAGGUCAAGUUAUGUCUAACGCUUCUUACUCUUUCUUCGAUGAUAUCAUGCAAGCCUUAGGUACCAUUCAAACCGCUAAGGGUAGUACCGACAUUUCCUUCUGGGUUGGUGAAACUGGUUGGCCAACUGAUGGUAGUAAUUUCGAAAGUUCUUAUCCAUCUAUCGAUAACGCUAAACAAUUUUGGCAAGAAGGUAUUUGUGCUAUGAGAGCUUGGGGUGUUAAUGUCAUUGCUUUUGAAGCCUUCGAUGAAGAUUGGAAACCACCUACUUCUGGUAUCUCUGAUGUGGAAAACCAUUGGGGGGUAUUCACUUCAGAUAAUAAAUUGAAAUAUUCUUUAAGUUGUGAUUUCUCCAAAUAA